CUCAAUUUUCGCACACUUUGAGGUACAUUAUAUAACAGGUGUCUGCAGACGAGCCUUUCAGAUUUGUGUGAAAUCACUCUGCCAACGCACGCUCUCCAGCACAACAAAUACCCCACAGCCAUGGCAACAGGUCUUCCAGCAGGUUGGGAGGUUCGACAGUCCAACAGCAAGAAUUUGCCAUAUUACUUCAACCCAAGCACGAAGGAGUCGCGAUGGGAGCCACCAGCAGAGACAGACAGUGAGACGCUGAAGCACUACAUGGGCCAGUAUCACACGGCGAAUGCCAACGCGGACGCAGUUAAGAACCAAAACCUCGAAGGCAAGAUCCGCGCUGCACACCUCUUGGUCAAGCACGCGCAAUCACGACGCCCCUCGUCAUGGCGUGAGGCUGAAAUCACACGCUCCAAGGACGAGGCAUACCGCAUCAUCCGCGGGUAUGAGAGCAAAAUCCGGAGCGGUGAGAGCAGUCUGGGCGACCUGGCGGUGACUGAGAGUGACUGCUCAUCUGCUAGGAAGCGAGGCGACUUGGGAUUCUUUGGCAAAGGUGACAUGCAGACCGAGUUUGAGCAGGCCUCAUUUGCGCUCAAACCAGGAGAGGUGUCGCAGAUCGUGGAGACGCAGUCUGGCCUCCACAUCAUCGAGAGGCUGGAAUAGCUCAAGCUCCCGGGAUAGGAAGCGUAGAAGGCACGGCGUUGUGAAUGAUGCAGGACAAGCAGGCAAAACGGACUGCCAAUGUGACACGGAAAGGCGAUUGUUAUAGGCAGAGUAGUGUGGUUAGUCACGAAGGAUAGACGAUGGGCGGCAUGGUAGCGUGUGAAGUCGCAAUAGUCUUUCCGACUGACAGUG